ACCAUGAGCCAGGCUAGACACCAGUUCUUGUGCCCGUGUUAUCUGCUUGACCAGCUGCGGGCCGUCCAGUGGCUGUGCUACUUCUACAGCGCCGUCAUGCCCAGCGAGGCCCAGUAUGUCAUCUACCACGAUCUCCAGCUCUCCCUGGCCCGCAAGGUGGCCGACAAGGUGCUGGAGGGGCAGCUCCUGGAGACCAUCAGUCAGCUGUACCUGUCCCUGGGCACGGAGCGGGCCUACAAAUCCUCUCUGGACUACACCAAACGAAGUCUGGGGAUUUUCAUUGACCUCCAGAGGAAAGAGGAGGCACAUGCCUGGCUGCAAGCAGGGAAGAUCUAUUACCUCCUGCGGCAGAGCGAGCUGGUGGACCUGUACAUCCAGGUGGCACAGAAUGUGGACGUGCACACAGGCGACCCCAACCUGGGGCUGGAGCUGUUGGAGGCAGUUGGAGACAUCUUCUUCAAUGGGCCCUGGGAGCAGGAGGAAGGCAUGCCCUUCUACCGAGACCAGGCCCUGCCCCUGGCAGUGACUACGGACAACCGCAGGGUGGAGCCGCAGCUACAGCUGUGCAGCAAGCUGGUGGCACUCCUGGUCACAAUGGAGAAGCCACAGGAGGGCUUGGAGGUUGCCCACAUGGUCCUAGCACUCAGCAUCACUCUGGGGGACCGGCUGAAUGAGCGCAUGGCCUACCACCGGCUGGGCCAUGACAAGCUGGCGGAGCACUUCUACCUCAAGACCCUGUAGCUCUGCAACUUGCCACUGGGGUUCGACGAGGAGACCCUCUACUACGUGAAGGUGUACCUGAUGCUCCGUGACAUCAUCUUCUACGACCUGAAGGUGGGAGGGAGGGGCAGGGCUCGGGGUGUUCCCAGUCCCCUUGGAGUGGGAUCUCCACCCAGCCCCGAGGCCUGGGUUCCAGCCUUCCUUAGAAAUGGCCCAGUGGCCGCCUUCCUUAGAAAAUGGCCCAGUGGCCGCCUGGGAGCUUCCCAUGCCCGGCUGGGAGGAGCCAGCAAGGCCUACGGAGGCCCGACACAUGCCUCAGCCCAGUGCUGGCGAUACCUGGUGGUCAGAUCCCUCUGGCCUCAUCGUGAGUAUGCUGUCAGCGCAGGCCAGGGGCCUUCACAGGGAGGCUCCUUGAAUUCCCCCAAGGGCGGCUGUCUUUCCAAGGCUACACCCUCCUCCUUGGGGAGUAGGAGGCUCUGGACCCAGGGCCCAGAGGAGGGAGAAAAGCCGGCUGAUGGGACCUGGAAGGCUGCAGAGAAGCAGGGUGCCGGGAGCCACAGCUGGCACUGGCAGCUGCCGCGGACUCCAAGCAACAAGAAGGCACAGCUGAAGAUCUACACGCAGCUGGCCACCAUCUCCCACAACUUCCUCCUGGACCGCGAGAAGUCGCUCUUCUACCAGAAGGCCAGGACCUUUGCCACCGAGCUCAACGUCCACAGGGCCACUAUGCCCAAAUGUGGGGGCUCCAUUGAAGAAAUAGAGGCACAGAGAGGUCCCACUGUGCUCCAGCCACCCAGGUCCUCCUGGGCCUCUGGAUACGCUGGCCGCCGUGCGCGCCACAUUCAGGCACAGUGGGAGGCCAAGCCUCAUGACUGGCAUUCUCACGGCAGCCGAGCUCUGCUGAAGUCGGUGGCCAGACAGGGCAGGGGGUGGGGUCCUGGCCCUGCUACAGCAGGCGACCCGCAGUGCAGCACAGCUGGCCGGGUUGUGCUGCGCCACGUGUGGGGCGAGGGUGGUACAUGUGACAUCUACAAGGUGCUAAAGGAGAGCUAA